CGCGCGGAGCGAAACAAAGUAGUGCCAGAGUUGCGCGAGAGAGGUGCGCGCGCACACAUACACACACAUUCUCCCACACUCACACGCGGAAAGCGAGGAGAGCGCGAGAGACGAAGACGGAUAAGAAUGGGGCGCGAGGCACGGCCGGAAUAACAGACAACUACAGACAGACGGACGGACAGACAGACAGACGGACAGACAGACACGGAGCUGAAACUCUUUUUCGGAGAACUCGGAGCCAUGCACGCGCUCCUCUGGGGUUUGGUGCUCGUGCUUGUGCGAGUCGCCGGAGGCCAGAACACAGCAGUUCAAAUGGGACACGCUGAGAAAGGCGGUUGCUCGUUUGAUGACGGUCCAGCUCAGUGUGAUUACCAGCAGGACCCGUAUGAUGACUUUGACUGGACUCACGUCAGCGCUCAGGAAGUGCCGUAUCUGUCCUCAGAGCUACCUCAAGGGUCCUACAUGAUGGUGGACUCGUCUCAGCACGACCCUGGAGAGAAGGCUCGUCUGAUGCUGCCGGUGAUGAAGGAGAACGACACUCACUGUAUCGACUUUAACUACCUGCUGUUCAGCCCUGACGGCUCCAGCCCCGGAGCGCUCAACGUCCUGGUGAAGGUCAACAAGGGCCCGCUGGCCAACCCCAUCUGGAACAUCACCACACACACCGGAAAGGACUGGAAGAAGGCCGAGCUCGCUGUCAGCACCUUCUGGCCCAACGAGUACCAGGUGAUAUUCGAGGCGGAGGUCUCGAGUGGACGGAGGGGUUUUAUAGCGAUAGAUGAUGUCCAGGUGUUGAGUUAUCCCUGCGAUAAAUCUCCUCAUUUUCUGCGUUUGGGGGACGUGGAGGUCAACGCCGGUCAGAACGCCACCUUCCAGUGCAUCGCCACCGUCCGAGACGCCGUCAACAACAAGCUCUGGCUACAGAAGCGCAACGGCGAGGACAUCCCCGUGGCCGAGAAGAAGAACAUCAACCACAGGAAGUUCGCCGCUUCGUUCCGCCUCAAAGAAGUGACCAAUCAGGAUCAGGAUCUGUACCGAUGCGUCACCCAAUCGGAGCGGGGCUCCGGCGUGUCCAACUUCGCCGCGCUCAUCGUCAGAGAGCCCCCGAGGCCUAUCGCACCUCCUCAGCUGCUGGGCGUGGGGCCGACGUAUCUUCUCAUCCAGCUCAACGCUAACUCCAUCUUCGGCGAUGGCCCCAUCAUCCUGAAGGAGGUGGAGUACCGCAUGACCUCCGGAACGUGGACUGAGACCCACGCCGUCAACUCGCCAAACUACAAGCUUUGGCAUCUGGACCCAGACACUGAGUACGAGAUCCGGGUGCUGUUGACCCGGCCGGGCGAGGGGGGAACCGGACAACCUGGGCCAGCUCUUAUUACCCGGACGAAGUGUGCAGAGCCGAUGCGGACCCCGAAGACCCUGAAGAUCGCUGAGACUCAGGCCCGGUUUAUUGCUGUGGACUGGGAGUCCUUGGGCUACAACAUCACUCGCUGCCACACCUUCAACGUCACCAUCUGCUACCACUACCUGACCAGCAGGAACCUGACCAAGAGCGACUGUCUGGACAUGGACCCCAAAGCUCCCAGACACGUGGUGGACAACCUGCCCCCAAACACCAACAUCAGUCUCAAAAUGAUCCUCACCAACCCAGAGGGGCGCAAGGAGAGCGAAGAAACGAUCAUACAGACAGAAGAGGACGUUCCUGGCCCCGUUCCCAGUGCCUCUCUGAAAGCGACUCCGUUUGAGGAUCGAAUCUUUCUGCACUGGAAAGAGCCUCUGGAGCCCAACGGGAUCAUUACACAGUAUGAGAUCAGCUACAGCAGCGUGCGCUCGUUUGACCCCUCCGUGUCAUUAUUGCGCCCCCCGGUGAUGGUUUCCUUACCCUGGAACUCGUCCCAUCACGUCUUCUCUCAGCUCCACCCAGGGACCACCUACCAGUUCCUGAUCAGAGCCAGAACCAGCAAAGGCUUCGGACCCCCGACCACCAUUAACAUCACUACUAAUAUAUCAGCUCCCACCCUGGAGGAGUACGACGGCUCUGAGGCCUUCCUGAACGAAACGGCCACCACCAUCACCGUCCUGCUCAAACCCGCGCAGGCCAAAGGAGCGCCCAUCAGUGCGUAUCAGAUCGUGGUGGAGGAGCUGAACCCCCACCGGACUCGGCGCGAGGCGGGCAGCGUGGACUGUUAUCAGGUUCCAGUGUCCUACCAGACCGCCGCCAGCGGGGGGUCACCGUACUACUUCGCAGCUGAACUUCCACCUGGGAACCUUCCAGAACCUUCUCCGUUUACAGUGGGGGAUAAUAAAACCUACCACGGCUACUGGAAUGCGCCGCUGGCCCCCAGGAAGAACUAUAACAUCUACUUUCAGGCCGUCAGCAGCGUGGAGAAGGAAACCAAAACGCAGUGUCUGAGAUUGGCAACUAAAGGUGCUACAGAGGAGCCGGAGGUGAUUCCAGACCCGGCGAAGCAGACUGACCGCGUGGUGAAAAUCGCCGGCAUCAGCGCCGGAGUGCUGGUGUUUAUUCUGCUGCUGCUGGUGGCCAUUCUGCUGGUCAAGAAAAGGAGGACCUACUAUUCUUACUCAUAUUACCUGAAACUGGCAAAGAAACGCAAAGACGCCAUUGGAAACACCAGGCAGGAGAUGACCCACAUGGUGAACGCCAUGGACCGCAGCUACGCUGAGCAGAGCACUCUACAUGCCGAGGAUCCGAUGUCCGUCACCUUCAUGGACUCGCACAGCUUCAACAACCGCUUGCCCAACGAUCCGCUCGUGCCCACGGCGGUUCUAGUGCCCAUCACCGAUGAGAACCACGCGGCAGCGGCAGAGAACAGCCGCCUGCUGGACGUCCCACGGUAUCACUGCGAGGGGACGGAGUCUCCGUACCAGACGGGUCAGCUUCACCCGGCCAUCAGAGUGGCUGAUCUGCUCCAACACAUCAACCUGAUGAAGACGUCCGACAGCUACGGGUUUAAGGAGGAGUACGAGAGCUUCUUUGAGGGCCAGUCAGCUUCCUGGGACGUGGCGAAGAAAGAGCAGAACCGCACCAAGAACCGCUACGGAAACAUCAUUGCAUACGAUCAUUCUAGAGUGAUCCUGCAGCCAAUGGAGGACGACCCGUCAUCCGACUACAUUAAUGCCAACUACAUAGACGUAAGUGGCGAUGCCUCCCCCCCCUCCAUUGGCGAAGGUGUCAGAAACAGCUCUCCCUCGCUCGUAUGUCAGAUUUGGCUGUACAGGGAUGGUUACCAGCGCCCGAGCCACUACAUCGCCACUCAAGGUCCGGUUCACGAGACGGUUUACGACUUCUGGAGGAUGAUCUGGCAGGAGCAGUCGGCCUGUAUCGUCAUGGUAACCAACCUGGUGGAGGUGGGACGGGUGAAGUGUUAUAAGUACUGGCCGGACGAUGCGGAGGUGUAUGGAGACUUUAAGGUGACACUUGUGGAGGUGGAGCCUCUGGCGGAGUACGUGGUCCGCACUUUCACUCUGGAGCGGAGGGGUUUUAACGAGCUGAGGGAGGUGAAGCAGUUCCAUUUCACCGGCUGGCCUGAUCACGGAGUGCCAUAUCACGCCACGGGACUACUUUCAUUCAUCCGCCGUGUUAAAAUGUCCAACCCACCCAGUGCAGGGCCGAUAGUGGUGCACUGCAGUGCCGGAGCGGGCAGGACGGGCUGUUACAUCGUGAUUGACAUCAUGCUGGACAUGGCAGAGAGGGAGGGAGUAGUGGACAUCUAUAACUGCGUUAAAGCCCUGCGCUCCAGACGCAUCAACAUGGUCCAGACUGAGGAGCAGUAUAUAUUCAUCCAUGACGCCAUUCUGGAGGCGUGUCUGUGCGGAGAUACAGCCAUUCCAGCCUGCGAGUUCAAAGCAGCGUAUUACGACAUGAUUCGCAUCGACUCUCAGAGCAACUCCUCACACCUCAAAGACGAGUUCCAGACGUUGAACUCAGUGACCCCUCAGCCCCAGCCGGAGGACUGCAGUAUAGCCCUGCUUCCCCGGAACCAUGACAAGAACCGCUUUAUGGACAACCUGCCCCCAGACCGCUGCCUGCCCUUCCUCAUCACCAUCGAUGGGGAGAGCAGCAACUACAUCAACGCUGCACUCAUGGAUACGUCAGGAGUGUACCAGAGCUACAGGCAGCCUGCGGCGUUCAUCGUAACGCAGCACCCCCUGCCAAACACAGUGAAGGACUUCUGGAGGCUGGUGUACGAUUACGGCUGCACCUCCAUCGUCAUGCUCAACGAAAUCGACUUGGCUCAGGGCUGUCCUCAGUACUGGCCAGAGGAGGGAAUGCUGCGGUACGGGCCGGUCCAGGUGGAACGCGUGUCCUGCUCUAUGGACUGUGAUGUCAUCAGCCGCUUAUUCAGAAUAUGCAACCUGACUCGACCUCAGGAGGGAUACCUGAUGGUGCGCCAGUUCCAGUACCUGGGGUGGGCGGGGCACAGAGAAGUCCCUGCCUCCAAGCGGUCAUUCCUGAAGCUGAUCCUGCAGGUGGACAAAUGGCAGGAGGAGUGUGAGGAGGGGGAGGGACGCACGAUCGUACAUUGCCUGAACGGAGGAGGCCGCAGUGGGAUGUUCUCAGCCAUCAGUAUCGUCUGUGAAAUGAUUAAGAGGCAGAACGUGGUGGACGUGUUCCAUGCAGUGAAAAGCCUGAGGAAUAGCAAACCCAACAUGGUGGACAGUCCGGAGCAGUACCGGUUUUGCUAUGACCUGGCGCUGGAGUACAUCGAGACCUCGUAAUGGAGAAGUGAGGAAGGCGUUUCUUCGUUUUCUUGCUUUUCCGGCCGUCCGGACCUUCGGCUGACCAUUCCCACUUCAGUCAAGGUGUCGUUGUUGUAAAGCGUAGCGGGAGCGAUCCGAGUGGCGCGCUUGUCAUUUUUUCCCGUGUACGGUGCCACAGGAGCCAAGUGCCGACCGUCAUGCCGCAUUCGCUGUAACGUCCUUUAUUUUUGAUUGAAAGUUUUUAUUUUUGUUCGGAGCAUCUUGAGAUUCAGUUUAUCGAUUGUUGUUUUCUUUCCGUGCAGCCAUUGUUACCACUGAGGCCAAGCUGUUGCAUGAUAAAGAUGUUCUUUAUUUCUCUCUAUGUCACUGUUAAUGUCAAUGAACAUGUAUAUGAUUAUAUCAGUAUGCGUAUAUAGAAUAUCCAUCGUUGUGUGAAAAAUGAAAGAACAAAACAAAACAAAAAAAAAUCCAUGAUUCAAAGUGCAGCGUGUGACAUUGGCUUGGUAAUGUUUGUAUUGUGCACUAAUGGCUGGCUUAUUACAUUUGUUUAUUUUUGUUUGUUUUUGUUUUUCUUUUUUUGUAGCAGAGCUAUAAUCAUAAGCCAAAGACUCAUGUAAAUAUGUCUAUAUAGAUAAAGCACAUUGUUUGUAUUUAUUGUUUACUUGCAUUCCUUUUUUUGAAGGCUCAAAACAAUCAUUGCCAUUCCCAGUUGUUUACCCUGAAUUUUAUCUGUAAACAUUUUAUUGUAGAUUUUUUUUUUCAGUUGUGCUUUUAUUUCAAUAGUAGUACAUUUAGUUUUGUAUUUUUUUUAUUUGAACCUUUUAGCUGUGAUGUUGAGGUGGCUUGUUUUGGGGUUUUUUUGUGUGUAAAUGAUUGUGAAUUGUACCUUUACUGAAACGCUUUCAGCGAUGGCCCCGGACAGCAGAAGAGUUUUAUUUUUUUCCGCCGUUUUUUGCUCUUGUAUUGGACUUUUGGGGAGUAAACGGCGAGUCGUGGGCGAGUAAAGGAGUGUUAAUUCAGUGUACACAGUAUUAGACUGCGGUGCGUUCAAAAGAAGAUGCAGCCAGACGCCUUUGCGAUGGACCUGAGCGGCAGCGAGGGAGGACACAUUAUUAAUCACGUGAAUUUAAUCAUGCAUCGUCCUUUUCGUCUGUAGUUGUUGGCUUAAUGGCUGUAAUGAAACUAGUAAAAACACUUUUAAUAAAAAAGAGAGAACAUUCGA